UAGCUAGUUCCAUUCUAUUAUUGUCUUUGGUGUAGUCCAGCUGGUCUGGUUGGUGGUGAAAGACAUAGCGCUCUUAGCACUUAUUUUAUUUAUUAUUUCACCGUCAACGGGUUUAAAAAAUGUACUUUACGUUUUCUCAUAACAACUCGCUGGACGACGGUUUCCCUUCCUCCCCACAGGAAGACCUGGGUUCUCAACGGUUGUCCUGGGGGAAUCUGGUGCAGAAACUAACCGUAAUCAAAAGGAUCAAUCAACGGUUGGCAGACAAAGAUCAUUGCAGUUGGAAUAGUGACACUGGAUCAGUCACAGACAUGUCCAUGAUAUCAGAGUCUGACAGUGGUCUCUUCUACAGCCCACUGGAGGAGUCUCUCUGUGCCCACAUUGUAAAGACCAUUGUCGAGAGCCUCUCCGAUGCUACAGACACUGUCCUGUGCUGCUCCAAACUGGUCCUACCAGAUCCUCUCCUGCACAACAUCAGUCGGGAGCUUCUCCAUCUGGCUGCUAGUGAGCCUUGCGGCCUCAAGGGGGCGCUCAUUGAUCUGUGUGUGGAGCAGGGGGACCAACAAGGAGAACUGUGUAGUGUGGAGCAGAUAGCCGUUGACCAUAACCUGGUUCCUACCUUCCAUCUCACCCUCGUGCUACGGCCAGAGGUGGGGGGGUUGUGGCCCAAGGUGCAGAGGCUCUUUGGGGGCCGGAGGGCUGUGUCCCCCCAGAUGCAGAGUGGGAGACACACACUCAGGCUCAGUACCGGGUUCAGGGCUAUCAAAAGAAAGCUGUACACUUCAGGAGAGCUGCUCGUUGAAGAGUGCUGACCUGGCAAGAGCUAUGGGUGUGUUUUAGUAGAUAUCAGACCUGAGUCUAGUAAUACAUAUCUGAAAUACUUUGAUAUACUUAGUAUGCUGCACUUUGUUUGGUUUGCCUGGUACAAUGGAACCAAUGUAAUGGUCCCAAAAGUGCAAAUCAAGCACGCUUCAAUACUUUGACUCUGGUCGGAUGUAUAUAAUAUUGUCUGUGACUCUGGACUGAAGACAACACUACAUUGAGAGAAGCCUUGUAUGGCUCUGGGUGAAAAAGUGAAUUCAGAUAUUCCAAUGUGGUCACCAAUGUACCUAAAGAAAACUCACUCCACUUCUGAGAGUGUGUAGGUACCUUGAAUAGUCAAAUUCUGAAGAUGCUCUAAAUUCCCAUAGUGGGGAAAGAAAAGAUUGUGCAACAAUGUUAACCAUGUAUUUUUCUUUUCGUAUAUACUAAAAUGUAUUGAAUGUUUUCUAGGGAACACAUCUUAUGGCAGCUUUUCCACAUCAAUUGACAUGUGGAGACAAUUGAAUGUAAGAUAUGGCCGUUAAGACAACGCAAAACUGCUGUUUUUGAACCAUGGAUUUGAUUAGACAGUAUUUAUUUGAACCAUGGAUUUGAUUAGACAGUAUUUGAUACUCAUAUUCACCUGAACUGCUUUUUGUACUUUCCUUCAAGAACUUGAAACUGAAGAACUAAAAUACAUUUUCAAAUUAAAAUAUCCAUGUGAAAUA